AUGAAACUUGUUUGGCUCCUGAUAUUGGCUGCAGCUCUCUGUCUACACCAAGUCGCUACUCAAAUAGUAAGUUUUAUAAUCAGAUCCAGCUACUCAGCAAAAAACUACUCUUCUGUCCCUUCUGCCCCAUACAAAAAUGUUUCUAAACUAUGCCUCAAUUACAACAGCAUUACUUUAAACGAGAAUGAUACAGUGAUUCUUCAGAAGUACAUUAAAUUGACUGAACUGUACCUGAAAAACAAUGCCAUUGUUGUUCUACGUAAUUAUAGCUUUGACAAACUUUCUGAACUAUUAAUUUUGGAUGUCAGUAAUAAUUCUAUCAAAACAGUUGAACAAGCAGCAUUUGCUAGACUAAAGCUAACACAUUUGUAUCUACAGAACAACAAAAUUGAAACGUUAGAUUCCAAAACAUUUGUAUUCUUAAAGAGCUUGAAGGUCUUAAACCUACAAAAUAACCACUUGGGAUAUUUUGAUAUUGAAGUAUCACUUAAUUUAAUCACAUUAACUGGAAAUCCAUGGAACUGUUCGUGUGGCCUGCGUAAUUUACAAAGUUGGUUGAACACUAAUGUAACAAUGGAAAGUGAAGAAAACACUACGUGCACUUCUCCAGAUAAUUUGAAAAAAAUUCCUAUCAAGACAGCUCAUAUACUUAACUGUGAAAAAAGAGGGGAGACUGGAGUAACCACCAUUCUUUCUACUCCUAUUAAUCCUAACAAUAAUACUCUAGGUUCUGGAUCCAAUGGUACAAAUGAAAAAUCAAUAAACUCAGAUGUUCAGCCCGUUGGCAAAAGUUGGACCUUUCUGAUGGGUGUCCUAGUAGUUGUCAUCAGCACUACAUUACUGAUCGUUAUUUUCAUCAAAUUCCCAGUGUGGUACCGUUAUCUGGUUACCUAUAACCAUAGUCGUUUGGAAGAAGACGAACCUGAAAUGUUUGAAGAAACUUUCACACCUCAUAUAUGUACUCUCCCACAGACACCAGAAACCAAUGAAGAGUCCAUAGUAGCGUAUGAACAAUUUCAUACAUUUUUUCCAGAAGAGGAUGGAUUUAUUGAAGAUAAAUAUAUUGAUACAUGA